AUGUUACACAUGUUUGUAACACUCCUCUAUACUUAUAUGCAAUAUUUCCCUGUCCCUAUUUGGAUUGUAAUGUCAGCAAGUUAUGCUUGGAUAACCUCUCAAGGACUUGUUCCUUUAAUUUACAUAACUUUUAAUAAAUAUAUACGUCGAAGUAUCAAAUCUUUAUUUAUUGACCCAAAUAUUACAAGAAUUACUACUCAUUUCAACAACUCUCGUGUAGCACCAAAGUCGACACAGGGUGAUAAAAAUGUAAGCAGAAUAGUGACAAGGAAUGUAAAAACAAAUGUAUUUUAA